CAGGGAGGAUGCGUUACGAAGGGUUAACCUGAAAGCACGGAUUACUUGUAGUGAAGCAUUCCUGCGGUGUUUUCUAGCAGACGAAGGCAAAGAUAUCGCGCGACGAUGGUGCGGAAUCAAACGUUGCCGCGGAACGUAAUGGCUUCAAGUGAUAUAAUUCAGCGAGAACAUCUGCCACGCUGGACUGACCGAAGUUGAUCAAUGUGAACACUUGAUCACUGGUCCUAUCUACGAAGCUCGGAAAAGGGGCAUGUGAUCCAGAUUCAGCGUGCGCAGUUUAUUGUGCUCUGCAAGUGACCUAUCUCUACAGGGCUGUGUCAAUACCUUGUUUGUCACACCUUGAACGUGAUUGACGGCUGCAGCGUUUCAGCUUCCAAUUUAUGUGAAAUUUCGCCUUGCACGCAGUAAUAAACUCGCAUUUGUUAAACGAGCAUUUUAUGUUAUAGUGUGCGCUUCAGAAGCUCUUACGUUCGGAUGUCAAGAUUCAAUAAGUGCUUCAAAUCGGAAGAAGGUUCGCGUCGCUCAUAAGAUGAUCGUCUGCGUCGGGCCCAAGGGUUCUGGCAAAACAGCGCUUCUGAAAUGCCUGCAGCAGCGUCUGACUGGUAAGGGAAGAAAUGUCGAGUUGCGGGACACGCGGCCGACGAUAGGUGUCAACAUGACGCUGCUGAAAAUUUCUAAGAACAAAACAUGUCAGGUGCGCGAAGUGGGCGGUGAAAUGGUGCCAUUUCUGCACCAACAGACUUCGGACGCCACGGGUCUUAUGUUCGUGGCCGAUUCUUCGAACGUAUUCCAGUUUGGCGAGACUUACGUCACUCUUCUGGACCUGCUCACCCUUCAAAACCUAAAGAAUGUCCCCUUCUUGUUGGUCUUUAGCAAAAUUGAUGCCAACCAGGCCGUUCCAUUGGAGGAGUACAGGGAUGCGAUGAGGCUUGCUGAUGUGCUUAGUGCUGCUGCGCAGGACAUCACAACAGUGGAAACAAGCUCUUUGACAGGUUAUGGCAUGGACGAGAUUAUUGAAUGGCUGUCUCACAUUCUGACAGGCUGACAUUAAGCCUUGAAACCGUCCUUUAACUAUGCCCAUUCACUGGCAUGUUGGUUGCCGAGCACCUGUCGUUAGACACGCAGGCUGUGCUGGCUGAGUGUUCUUAUUAUGCAUCAUGAGAAAACAUGGGGAAAGCGGGAGAUUGAAAUUCAAGACAAUGAGCAAAACGAGAACAAGGUAAAAGCAGGAGCCAAUGUUUCGACAAGUGGACUUGUGAAGGAGACAAGUCCACUUGUCGAAACGUUGGCUCCUGCUUUCACCUUGUUCUGAUUUUGCUCAUCUUAUUAUGCAUCAUGUGCAGUAGUGCAAGAGCCAUUGGGACAUUCGGAUGAUUAGUGUGGAAUGAAUGCUCCUUGAUGAGUCGCAUUAGUCAUUUGCACUGUGACUUGUAGAGGUAACGAUGAAUCCAAAGAACUGCUGAUCAUACUCCUGUAUAUGUUUAUGUGCAUCCCUAUGCAUACCUAUUUCUGCAGCAAAGCGUAGUUAAAGCCAAACUUCUGCAUGUAUCCUUACACUGUCCCAAGAGUACUUUUACUGAUAGCUGAUACCUUGUGAAAUUUCAGAUCACGUUACAUUUGGCCUGUGCUGAUUUAUAUACGGUUCUCCAUUGUUUAUCUCUUUUACGUAACCAUAAAAAGGUUGUGCAUACUUGUAACAUGUUGAACAGUUACAUUAUAACUUGAUUCUGUCUUCUUUGCUGGUGACCUCCUAUAAGGCUAACAAACUAACAAAGACAUGCUUCUGUUUCGCCAUAACAGAGUGAUUUCACCUGUCUGGAUGCUGCUGGAAAUCCUCUGUCUUUGUAAACAAUUGGAUAAUCAGUAUGUCUGUACAUUUACUGUACUGUUAAAACACUGUCAUGUCUGAAAUUCGUUUGCAGCCUCAUAUACAGAACAAAUAAAACGAUUUCAUUCUAGAGACACCCUAUGAUGUCUGGAAUGUACAUUAUUUUUUUCAAAUACACUAAGAUAUGUACAGGCAUACAAAGUGCUGCUUGAUUUGUCACAGUAGUUAGUCAUAUUUCUGGACAUUGCACACAUUUCAAAUGUUUGGUGAUUAUGUGUGUACACUCUUCUCAGAUUUGGCACUAUAAUAUUUAUUUGUUCUUGUGGAGAAUAAAAAAUGUUGCCUUUGAGGAACAAAUGGUAAGUGA